GGCGGUCGGUCGGUCGGCAAGGCCCCGCCCCGCUUUUCCCGCCGUUCUCAUGGCCGCCCUCCGGUCGCUGGGCUCGACUCUCGUCUGGAGAGCAAGGCCGGCUUUCGCCCGCAGUUUCAGGCAGUCUCAGCGAAAUCAUCGCCUCACACCUUCCGAUGAUGAGCUUCUCCAGAAAACAACACUCCAUCAGUUGGAAAGAGAAUCACCAAACAUCAUGUUUAUUGAAAAUUACACUAAUUAUGGUUUCUCCAUCAAUGGGAACACAGUGGUAGGCCCUUGCGCUGUUUUGCCGCAAGCCAUCCUGCAGUGGAAUGUUGGCACCUAUAAAGAUAUUAUUGAAGGCAGUCUUGCGCUGUUCUAUAUGCUGGAGCCCAAAAUAGAAAUUGUGGUCCUGGGAACGGGAGCCAAAGUAGAGAGGCUGGAUCCGGAUGUCCUGAAAUGUUUGCACCAACGUGGGAUUGCUGUGGAAAUACAAAGCACGCCUAAUGCUUGUGCCACUUUCAACUUCCUGGUAAGCGAACGACGUGUGACAGCUGCUGGCCUCAUACCUCCUCCUCCUGCUGCCAUGUUUGAAUAAGCCUUUAAGGGAACGUCCAGCAGAGGGCAGUCAUGUGAUACCAGAAUACCUGCUUUAGGGAGUUGGGGACAGUUGCUGUUGCUGCACAAGGGCCCUUGCAAGUGACCGGGCACCUUUGAAUUUAAGGUAACUUAAGUCCUGUUGAUAGGCAUUUUGUGUAUCAAAUCAAGGAAUCUGUACAAGUAACCAAUGCAUCUUUUCCAAAAAUAUUUACAGAACGCUUCACUAUGAUACAGCAUAAACCAUUGAGAUGCAUGCAGAGGUGGGUUUCAGCAGGUUCUGACCAGUUCUGGAGAACUGGUAGUGAAAAUUUUGAGUAGUUCAGAGAACUGGUAGUAAAAUUCUAACUGGCUCCACCCCCAUCUAUACUCUGCUUCCCAAGUCCCAGCUGAUUGGGAGGGAAUGGAGAUUUAACAGUAUCCUUCCCCUGCCACGCCCACCAAGCCAUGCCACACCCACUAAGCCACACCCACAGAACCUGUAGUAAAAAAAAUUGAAACCCUCCACUGGAUGCAUGCCUUAAAAACUGAAGGUUUAAUUGAUUGAUUGUUUAUUUUGAGUGUCUCUGAGACUACAGAGAUAACUCCACGUAGCUGGGUUGACAUUUUUCGGGGGAAGUGGUUUGGAAAGGCUGACUUGGGUCAUGGCUGGCCAUGUGCCUAAGGCAGGACUAGGAGCUCGAGGCUCCCAGUUUUCAAUCUUUAACUGCUACACCAAACUGGCUCUUCAAUUUGUAUAAGCAACAGAUGUUCAUAGGCCACCAAAUAAACAUUUGUCCAUUCUUCCUCAGGGGUAUCAAACUUGUGGUCUAUGGACCAGAUACAUCAGGUGCUGGCCGUGCCCAUCCCGGGUUUAGCAAAGGGGGGAAAAGUUGUAAUAUGUCGCAAGUUUGACACCCCUGCUCUAGAACCAUUUCACGAUUAGCUUUCCCAGGCCAGUCAAAACAAGAACAGACUGAAUUUGAGAAACUUGUGAUUUUUAACAAGGAAGAAAGUUCCUAAAAUUAGAUUGCAAGAGUUAUAGGCUACUAUGACAGCAGCCAGUUGUCUGUGCAUAUCUUGCUCUACUGUUUCGUAAAACCAUUAAAAAAAAAAUACAGCCCCAACGGUGAAGAAUAAAGGACCUGGGUAAUGGACCAGAGAAGAAAAACAUCGUUCCAAGAUUUUGAGACUUGAACCUGUUUAGUCCAUAUUUCAUAAUAGAUAUGUAAAAAAUACCAUAUUCGCAGAAUUUUAUGGAAUGCUGUCCUGUAUAACAAUAAUGAUCUGCAUAAAAUGCAUUUUAAGGUGUAAACAUCACUUUUCCCUACAAAGGAUUGGUGUCCCUUUAUUUCACGAUUUCUAGUUAUGUAAAUUUGUAAUUUUGCUAAUGCUUUCCUGUUUAUUUAUACCUGCCAGUACGCAUGUUUGAAAUUACAUAAAAGUGUGAGAUCUUACCCACCCAAGCAGAUAACUAGACCUAUGAAUGUAGCAUAACUAACAAUUCUCCCACUAACAUUGAUCUUG